AUGUACUACGCCCGGGCCUUCGAACAGCGGGCUCAGGCGCUGCAGCAACCGGCCGGCCGGGGCGGCCGCCAUCCCAGUCGACCAGCGCCGACUCCACCAUCACCGGGCCGGCUUCCUCCAGCCACGACGACCGCACCUCCGGCCACCACCCGGACCUUCCGUCGGUUGUCACCGGCCGAGCAGCAGGAGCGUCACCGUCAGGGCCUCUGCUUCAACUGUGAUGAGCCCUACACGCCGACCCACGUCCGCCCCCGCCUAUUUUACUUGGAGACGGUCGACUACACCGAGGCGGACGACUCGACCGACGAGCCACCAACCGCGGCGGCCGCGGACACGCCCGCGGAUUCCACGGCGACGGCGUGCGUCGUCUCCCUCCACGCUCUCGCCGGCAUCCGUGGCGAACGGACCAUGUUGUUACCGGUGACGGUCCAUGGCGAGCGGCUGGUGGCCCUGCUGGAUACUGGCUCCACCCAUAACUUCCUGCCCGCGGCGACCAUGCGUCGGCUAGCACUGCCGACCACGGGCGGGGAGCGCCUGCGGAUCACGGUGGCGAACGGCGAUCGCCUCCGGUGCCAUGGGCUCGCUCGCGACGUUCCCAUCUCCAUCGGUGGCGAGCACUUCUCCAUUACAUGUGCAGGCAUCGACCUCGGCUACUUCGACUUCAUCCUCGGGGUGGAUUUUCUCCGGACCCUCGGGCCCAUCCUGUGGGACUUCGACGCACUCUCGAUGACGUUCUGGCGGCUGGGCCGCCGCAUCUGGUGGGAUGGCCUUGGGGGCGCCGCGCCAGCUGUGCCACACCUCCAGCUGGCCGCCGCGUCCCAGGAGGCCGAGCACCCCCUGCUGGAUCCCCUUCUGCAGCAGCACAACGACCUCUUCGACGAGCCACGGGGUCUUCCACCCGCCCGGGUGUACGACCAUCAUAUUCACCUCGUACCAGGCUCCACCCCCGUGGCGGUUCGGCCCUACCGCUACCCUCAGCUGCAGAAGGAUGAGUUGGAGCGACAGUGUGCCCUUAUGCUCGUGGCAGGCAUCAUCCGGAUCUCCACGUCGCCCUUCUCCGCGCCGGUGCUUCUCGCCCGUAAGUCGGACGGCACGUGGCAUUUCUGCAUCGACUAUCGCGCCCUCAACGCGGUCACGCUCAAGGACAAGUUCCCUAUACCGGUGGUCGACGAGCUCUUGGAUGAGCUCCAUGGGGCGCGCUUCUUCACCAAGCUCGAUCUCCGGUCGGGCUAUCAUCAGGUGCGCAUGCAUCCAGACGACAUCGCCAAGACGGCGUUUCGCACCCACCAUGGCCACUUCGAGUUCUUGGUGAUGCCCUUCGGCCUCGCCAACGCCCCGGCGACUUUUCAGGCCCUGAUGAACGACGUCCUUCGACCCUACUUACGGCGGUUUGUGCUUGUUUUCUUUGAUGACAUUCUUAUCUACAGCGCCACCUGGGCCGAGCACCUCCAGCACGUCGCCAUCGUCUUCAACGAGCUUCGGGCGCACCACCUCCACCUUAAGCGCUCGAAGUGCUCGUUCGGGACACCUACCAUCGCCUACCUCGGCCAUGUCAUCUCGGCCGACGGCGGGCUCUCCGCGGGUUCCUCGGCCUCGCCGGCUACUACCGGAAAUUCAUCCGGGAGUUCGGGCUCAUCGCGGCACCCCUCACGCGGUUGCUUCGCCGCGACGCUUUCGCCUGGGACGACGAGUGGACGACGGCGUUCGAGGCCCUCAAGGGGGCCCUCACGACGGGCCCCGUCCUCCAGAUGCCCGACUUCGACCGCCCGUUCGUGGUGGACUGUGACGCCUCGGGCGCCGGGUUCGGCGCCGUGCUUCAUCAGGGCGAUGGGCCCCUCGCUUUCUUCAGCCGGCCUUUCGCUCCACGCCAUCUUAAGCUGGCGGCAUACGAGCGGGAGCUCAUUGGCCUUGUACAGGCCGUUCGUCAUUGGCGGCCGUACUUGUGGGGACGGUCCUUCCACAUUCGCACGGACCACUACAGCCUGAAGUUCUUGCUGGACCAACGGUUGUCGACCGUGCCGCAGCACCAGUGGAUCAGCAAGCUCUUCGGCUUCGACUUCUCCGUCGAGUAUCGGCCGGGCCGUCUUAACAUCGUGGCCGACGCGCUGUCCCGUCGCGACUCCGACCUUGCUUCCUCCACCGACGAGUCCGCCGGGGCGGCCCUGUGCAUCCGCUCCGGGCCGACGUUCGGUCUCUUCGCCGACAUUCGC